AUUACUAAUGUUAUUGACAAAAAACAAAAUGAGGACAUUCUCAAGUCUGUCCAGGUAAUGCAGCAUGCACAACAAGGUCGGGAUCGGGAAGUCAAUUCAGAAGGGAGAUAUUGUUGUCGAGCACAAGGCUGUCCAAAAACAUUUGCACAUGAUGGUAAACUAAGAAGUGAGCACGAAGCCAGUCACAACCCUCCUGUUGUUGUUGAUAAGUGUCCAUCUGAUGCAUUUGUUAUCAACUCCAACAGAAGUGAGGAGGACAGAGAUGAUAUGUUAGCAUACCAAAAAGCUCUUUUGGAUUAUG